UUGUGGGUGCUUUGAAGAGGAACUGUUUCCUGCUCCUGUCAGCGUCGCUUCAGUGUAGACGCAGUGCUGCCAGUAAAUCUGCCAGGCUAGCAUCGUGCGCAGGAGGCUGGUUCCGUGAACUUACUAGGAACACCUGGGUCGACGGCGUGAACAUGGCGAAGACGUACGACUAUCUGUUCAAGCUGUUGCUGAUCGGGGACAGCGGCGUCGGGAAGACCUGCCUCCUGUUCCGGUUUAGCGAGGACGCCUUCAACACCACCUUUAUCUCCACCAUCGGAAUUGACUUUAAAAUCAGGACGAUAGAGCUGGAUGGCAAGAAGAUCAAACUUCAGAUCUGGGACACUGCGGGUCAGGAGAGGUUCAGGACUAUCACAACAGCCUAUUACAGAGGAGCCAUGGGUAUCAUGUUGGUGUAUGACAUCACCAAUGAGAAAUCCUUCGAUAACAUCAGGAACUGGAUCCGAAACAUCGAGGAGCACGCGUCUUCAGACGUGGAGAGGAUGGUUCUGGGAAACAAAUGUGACAUGAACGAGAAGAGACAAGUGUCCAAGGAGAGAGGAGAGAAGCUGGCGAUCGAUUACGGGAUCAAGUUUCUGGAAACCAGCGCUAAGUCCAGCAUCAACGUGGAGGAGGCCUUUUACACUCUGGCCAGAGACAUCAUGACCAGACUGAAGAGGAAAAUGAAUGACACCACCCCACCAGGUGGAGGCGGCCCAGUUAAGAUCACAGAGUCUCGUUCAAAAAAGAGCUUCUUCAGGUGUACGCUGCUGUAGGCGGGCCUCAGCUCACACCUGCACGAGAAAGGACACACCUGUGGAAAAAAACAACCAGACAUGCUGAGUUCAUCUGCUCUGCACCCCGCUGCCUUCUUCUUCUUCUGUUUCUCUUAAGGUCAGGAGGUGGAGCAGACUGCGACUGCACUGGGGUGAAGGACAGUGAGUGAUGAGGACGAUGAAGAGCAGAGCCGAGCACACUGUUUUUACCAAAGAGGAAGUUCAUGUUUUCUGUUGAAAUGUUGAAGAAAAACAAAGUUAUUGUAAAGGGUCAAGCUGUCAGAUUUCAGUGACACUGGCGACGUGCACAUGGACGAGCUCGCUGUGGCUCUGACUGUUGCACGUUGGUGACAAUCAGUUCACACAGCGACUUCGUUUAAAUUAACUCUCUGCAGUUUGGGCCUGUGACAUUUAGGUGACUGAGGUGAAAAGAAGCAAACGCAGGCUGUGGGCAGGUGUUUACCCGGGUCCUUAACAGGUAACAUGGGAACAGAGGCUCACAUUAACGUCCGUCCUUUAUCUGCACAGACUGAACGUGGACUAGUCCAAGCUUUGACAUAGAAGUGUACGAUAAAGUAAAAAAUGGUUUCUAAACUCUUUCCUUACUGUCUUUAAGAGAAACUCAGCUUCAUUUUAAAAUGAACAGGUAUAAAAAGGAUAAAACAGCUUUGAAAGGCUGGAGGUAAACAUUCUACUGUCGACAAACUCUGACUGAAACAAACGGUAAAUCGCCAGUUUCCAAACUCACUCAUAUUCUCCUUACAGACCUAAGAACAUGACAUUUAUUUUUAAAUGGAUUGAAACAAUACUCCACAUGCCUUUCACUGAUCAUCCUCAAUCUAAACUGACCACCUUUGUCUUAUUUCGAGCCAACGUAAACAUUCACUAACCAAACGUUCUUUAAAUGGAUCAGUACUGACGUGAACAUCUGACGCACAGGCCCUUGUGAAAUAAGUCCUGCAGUAUGUGCAUGUGCCCGUACGUUUGCACUGAUGACAAUUGGUUUGUUGAACGAGGUUUAAGGCCUCGCUCUUCACACCAGGAACGAAGGAAAGUGACCGAGUCUUCAUUGAACUCGGACAUUUGGCUGAAACCUGACGUGUGAAGUCUGUCAGUGCAGCGUCAGCUUUGCGUUCACAUCGGGCUGCUUGUUUCUCUGUUGCGCAUUGGUUUCAGUUCAGUCACGCAGUGGUUCAACUGGUCGAACCAGUAACGCGCUGAACACACGCGCCCGUUUCAGGCGAUCUGGUUCAAGGUCUGAACCUGAACCUCCUCCGUGAAGCAUCAACACAUUACUUAUGUUUGAUGCAUUAAUCAUGUUUAUAAAUGUCUUCACACUGUCAGCAGGUUUCACCCAGAACUUUCAGCUACACUCUGUGGCCUUCAUCAGCUGCUCAGUUGCCAUGGAGACUAAUAACAUUUAUAAACAAACUGGCCACACAAUGUAUACGAGACAUCUAUUCAUCUGUUUCAUUACUAACUCCCAUAAAUUUUGAUGCUCCUGUCUGAUCAGUCUCGUGAUUCUGACACGUUUGUUUCAUGUUUCUCUUUAGUGUUUUGUCAUUUAAUCUAUUUAACAACUUUAAUUUAGUUUAAAAUUAAGUUGGAUCAAGUCACUUCUGUCUCUGUGAUUGAUUUAUCAAUCCCAGUAUGAACACAAUCGGCUGAUCAGCGAGCAGAUAAUCAGGUUUGAACGUGAAUCUGAGCAGAGGUCUGAAUUCACUGAAAAUAUUCUAACUGCUUUGUCAGAUUUAUUGUAAAAACCUGUUUUUGACUGGAGUCUGGUUUGUUCAUUUACAUGCUGAUUAUAUUUUUCACAACUUUGUAACUUUGCAGAAACUGCGCUAUGCAAAAAUAUGAUUUUUGAGUGUGUUACUGAACUCUGCUGCACUUGCAUGUAAUUUGCAGAAAAAGGCCACCUUUUCAAUUUUUAUUUUCUUGAAGUUCUGAUUAUUUUUUAAACUGUGAAGUCAGACUUUUGGCCUUUUCACACCAAGUCUGAUGUUUCACAGGAAAACAGUUUUGUUUUUAAUAAAGACAUUUCAGCUUUGAGUUGGUUGUGUUAAGCUGACUACACACUGCUGCUUUUCAUCCACACAGAGCCGUCUGUGGGAGUCUGUGUACUGUACAUGGAAUAUUUACUGGCAGACAUGUUGGUGGAGUUAAAGUGCUUUAUGUCAGGGACCACUCAGAUGUAAUGGUGGUACUUUAUUUUAUGUUCUCCAAAAAGCCCUGCACAUGUGACUCAACAAACGUCUUGAGUCAGUUUAUGAAAACAUGUUUGUCUGUUGUUGUAAUCUGAGCUCUUACCUGAUAUUCUGAAGUAGAUUCACUAAUAUCAGGGGUGACAGAGCGGUACGCAGGAAUCUUCUCUGUGACAUGCAUUAGGGCGA